AUGGGAUCCAGCCACUCAAGGCACUUCUUGCAGGCCACCCGCCUGCUGAAGUUCACCAACGUCAAGUGCCAGGAUCUGCCCACAACGGCGGGCUUCACCAGAUACGAGUACUGUCGCCUGAAGGUGGUGCGGCGCAACCAUGUGGAGCUCUCGCUGAAGGUCAACCUGCUGCAGCCGCCUGUGUGCAACCUGACCACUCGACUGCAGUGCUUCCAGCGGCGCGACGGCUACCGCCCCUUCAUGUACAACGUGCUCUUUGACUUCUGCAAGCUGAUGGCCGCCACCAGCCGCGAGCUCUCCUUCGAGCGCUUCAUCUUCGACACAAUCCGCAAGCACAGCAGCUUCAACCACUCCUGUCCCUGGACGGAGAACCACAUGACUGUGGAUAAGUUUGGCCUGGAUCCCAAAUAA